GUCACUCGAAUGCGCCGUGUUAAGUAAGGAAAGGUGUCCCAGGUGUAUGGGGGUAAAGGAUAGCACCAGGUAUACUAUACACAGGUGUUCAUUGUUGAUGAGUCUAUUACGACAUUACCUUGAUAUCAUACUUACCUGUAAUUUACCUGGGCUACAACUCAUCACGAGACAUAGUGAGGUGAACUUCAAGUUGUUGUGUGACUGACCACCAAAUGACCAUGAACAACAAAACACCCCCCGUAUCAAGCCGGAUUCUCACAGAUGUUCCAUGCCGUGUCUGCCAGGAUCAUUCAUCGGGAAAACACUACGGAAUAUUUGCCUGUGACGGAUGUGCUGGGUUUUUCAAGAGAUCGAUACGACGAAACAGGCAGUAUGUGUGUAAAUCUAGAUCUCAAAACAAUUGUCCGGUAGACAAGACACACAGGAACCAGUGUAGAGCCUGCCGUCUCAACAAGUGCGUCAAAGUCGGCAUGAACAAAGACGCCGUUCAACACGAAAGGGGCCCUCGUAGUUCAACACUUCGUCGCCAGGUGGCAAUGUAUCUGAGGGAAUCGUCUGAGUUAAGUUCCAUGAUGGCGAGCACUCCCCUCCCGCCCCCGUACUUUCCUGGCGGUUACUAUCUUAAGCCGGUGUGUGACAGUAUAUCUAUCCCGGUCAGCGCUCAUGAACAUCCAAUACUGUCACAUCCAGGGAUGAUCAUCCAACCAACGCCUAGGUAUCCACAAGAACUGUUGCCAGGUUAUCUUAACAACCCGGAAACGAUAUGUGAAGUGGCCGCUCGUCUGUUGUUCAUGAGUAUAAAAUGGACGAAGAAUGUACCUGCCUUCAUCGGCCUGCCACAACGUGACCAGACAAUACUGCUGGAGGAGAGCUGGAAAGAACUGCUCGUCCUCAAUAUCUGCCAGUUUCAACUUCCGGCAGAGGCUCUUCUGGGUGCAGCUGGGAGACAUCCAGAGGCCGCAGGGGGGUCAGAACAGAUUUCCUCUAUUGUAACGGAAAUCAGAUCACUUCAGGAAACGAUGACCAAAUUCAAAUUUCUCAAUGUCGAUCCCACGGAAUAUACGUGUCUCAAAGCCAUAGUUCUCUUUAAGACAGGAAUACACAGGUCUCCAAAUGACAUCAAGACUCUUCGGGAUUUCCACGCUGUUGCUACGCUGCAGGAUCAGGCUCAACUCACACUGAACAAGUAUAUCGAAACCGCAUAUCCGUCACAGCCUUUCCGGUUCGGAAAGUUACUUUUACUACUUCCGUCUCUCAACGCCAUUUCCGGAAAGACAAUUGAGGAAAUGUUUUUUAAGAAAACUAUUGGCCAUAUCCCGAUUGAAAAACUUAUAAUUGACAUGUUUAAGUCAGGAGAAAUUUAAAUUUAAAUUUAAACAGAACGCAGAGAAAAGAGACAAUGUUCUGGUUUCAGAAUUAAACCGUUGAGUGCAGUUUUAGACAGCACUAAAAUAGCGCGCCCUGUUGUCUCGCCGUGUUAAUGAGGUCAUAGGUUAGUGAUCUAUAUGUUCAAUGUAUGGGAAACGGAAUACUUACAAUUUAAGAUUUUUAAUGAGCGUUUAAAGAUAUUUUACCCUCUAGGAUUGUCAAAGUAAUAUAUAUAUAUCAAAAUGAACAAUCCUGAUAUCAGGAGUAUAUGCUUUCCUCUUACAGUCACGUUUUAUCAUUAAUUUAGACUUUAAAUGAUAACGGCAUUUACUUACUGCAUGUGAAACAUGUUCAUAAUUCGCCUAUUUUAAUCGUUUGGGAUCUUCUUGUUUUCUGUUUCAUUACGCAUUUUUACGCAAUCGGUUAAACAUUUUGUCUGUUUACUUUGUCGUUUUACAUUGUUAAUUUACAUCUACAAAGUGGUUUGUAUUAAAGGUCUACGUGCAAUUCAUUUGAUGCACUAGUUACAAACGCAUAAGUGCUAUAUACCCUUCACACACAUACUUAUUUUGUUUAAUGUUUUAUAUUUUUAUUCUGAUGGGUUUUGUUACUAAUGUUUUCCUCUAAAGAGGGUUAUAGCACAUGGAAACAUGUAUAAGAUAGUUGCUGUUAUCGUUGUUCUCUUUGAUUUCGAAGAAAUCUUUGCAAUUUUUGUCGCUGAACACGUGCUGAUUUGGAGAGUAUUUCUAAUAAGUGUGAUUACUAGAAAAAGUCAUUAUAAUGUUUGGAUUUAAAGGCCAUUUCUACUGUGUUCGCUCAUCCAGCUUUGUGGUUCCAAUGUUACACUCGUUAGGGAUCAUCUGUUGAACAAAGUUCUUUUCAUUUAUUUCUAUGUUGCCGUGGUUACACUUUUCUAAAGAUUACUGUAGAAUUGGUACGGAAAAGUCCAUGUCCAGAAAUGAAUAGCAUAAUUGUUUAAUUCAAAACUCGUAGUUAUGAGUAAAACUAUAUGUAUUGUAAAAUCAAAUAGAUGCUGUAUGUCUGUUAAUCUACGAGUAUAAAUGAUCACGUUAAUAUGCAAUCAGGAGAUCUACAUCCAAAUUAAGUGCCAAAUAUGAAAUGUAAUUUCUAAAACAUGUUAAUCGUUUUGUGUAUAACAUAGACUGUGCGUCGCCAUGAACACUUGUGUAUAGCAUAGAAUGUGUGUCGCCGUGAACACUUGUGUAUAAUAUAGAAUGUGUGUCGCCGUGAACACUUGUGUAUAACAUAGAAGGUGUGUCGCCGUGAACACUUGUGUAUAACAUAGACUGUGUGGCGCCCUGAACACUUGUGUAUAACAUAGACUGUGUGUCGUCGUGAACACUUGUGUAUAACAUAGACUGUGUGUCGCCGUGAACACUUGUGUAUAACAUAGACUGUGUGUCGCUGUGAAUACUUGUGUAUAACAUAGACUGUGUGUCGCCGUGAACACUUGUGUAUAACAUAGACUGUGUGUCGGAUCAUCAGUGUAAUAUCAAACAGGACAAACCAUACCUAUACUGAAUGUAUUACGUAAUUAUGUACCAUUAUUUAUGAUUAUCAAUAAAAAAUUCUGCACGAGUGUUUGUAUGUUUAUUCAAUAAAGA